UCUCUCUCUCUCUCUCUGGUGUCAUCCUAACUUUUUUUUACUUUCACUUCUGGUUGUGGCGUAGAUUUUUCCUCCGUGUUACACUUUUGGUAUGGACUCUGCUAUGAAUCCGUGUGAGGACAGAGAGGAGGGUGUCCCUGCCUCUAAAACCACUCUGUGUGGGGAACAUGACAGCCACACCAAAGCUCAGGGAAUGCAUCAGCAGAGACUAGACUCUCCUGGACCUGGAUUAGGAUCUAGAUCCAGCUGUGUGCCCAUAGAUAGUGACGGGUCUAUGGGUCGCUUUGAGGAAUUUAAUAGACCACCUCCUGAUGGAAGAGUUCAGCAGGAGAGUUCAGAGGGCCUCGGUGGUCAGUCUGCCUAGCAGCAUCAAACAGACCUGGACUCCAUAUUUAUGCUGUUGGAUGAGAACAUCGUCACUUUUGUGAAGAAUGAGCUGAAGAGAGUCCAGAGGGUUCUGAAUCCACAUUACCCAGAAUGCUUAGAGAUUCAAAAGGAGGGUGAGGAGGUGUUGGACAGUGACGAUAGAGAGCAGAGAAGGAGCAGCAGAGAGGCAUUUCUUAAGAUCGCACUGCACUUCCUGAGGAGAAUGAAACAGGAGGAGCUGGCUGACUGUCUGCAGAGCAGGACUCAUGCUACAGUGUGCCAACAUGAACUCAAGUCUAAUUUAAAGGAGAAGUUCCAGUGUGUGUUCGAAGAAAUUGCCAAAGCAGGAAACCCAACCCUUGUGAAUCAGAUCUACACAGAGAUCGACAGCCCAGAGGGAGGGACUGCAGAGGACAAGGAUGAACACGAGUUCAAACAGAUUGAAACAGCAUCCAGGAAAGAAGACGGACAAGAAACAGCAAUCAGACAAGAAGACAUAUUUAAACCCUCACCUGGAAGAGAUGAACCAAUCAGAACAGUGAUAACAAAGGGUGUGGCUGGCAUUGGGAAAACAGUCUUAACACAGAAGUUCACUCUAGACUGGGCUGAAGGCAAAGCCAACCAGGACAUCCAGUUCACAUUUCCAUUCACUUUCAGAGAUCUGAAUGUGCUGAAAGAGAAAAAGUACAGCUUGGUGGAACUUGUUCAUCUCUUCUUUACUGAAACCAAAGAAGCAGGAAUCUGCAGGUUUGAAGAGUUCCAGGUUGUGUUCAUCUUUGACGGUCUGGAUGAGUGUAGGCUUCCUCUGGACUUCCACAACAAUGAGAUCCUGACUGAUGUUACAAAGCCCGCCUCAGUGGAUGUGCUGCUGACAAACCUCAUCACUGGGAAACUGCUUCCCUCUGCUCGCCUCUGGAUAACCACAAGACCUGCAGUAGCCAAUCGGAUCCCUCCUGAGUGUGUUGACAUGGUGACAGAGGUGAGAGGGUUCACUGACCCACAGGAGGAAGAGUUCUUCAGGAAGAGAUGCGGAAAUGAGGAACAGGCCAGCAGAAUCAUCUCCCAUAUCAAAACAUCACAAAGCCUCUACAUCAUGUGCCACAUCCCAGUCUUCUGCUCCAUCGCUGCUACAGUUCUGGAGGAUGAGUUGAAAACCAGACAGGGGGGAGAGCUGCCGAAGACCCUGACUGAGAUGUACAUCUGCUUCCUGGUGGUUCAGUCCAAACUGAAGAACAUAAAGUACGAUGGAGGAGCUGAGACAGAUCCACACUGGAGUCCAGAGAGCAAGAAGAUGAUUUUGUCCCUGGGAAAACUGGCUUUUGAACAGCUGCAGAAAGGCAACCUGAUAUUCUAUGAAUCCGACUUAACAGAGUGUGGCAUCGAUAUCAGAGAGGCCUCAGUGUACUCAGAAGUGUUCACACAGAUCUUUAAAGAGGAGAGAGGAGUGUACCAGGACAAGGUGUUCUGCUUCGUCCAUCUGAGUGUUCAGGAGUUUCUGGCUGCUCUUCAUGUCCAUCUGACAUUCAUCAACUCUGGUGUUAAUCUGCUGUCAGAAGAACAAACAACCACCUGGUUGCGGUUUCAACUUAUAAACACACCCAAACCAACACAUCUCUACCAGAGUGCUGUGGACAAGGCCUUACAGAGUCCAAAUGGACACCUGGACUUGUUCCUUCGCUUCCUCCUGGGUCUUUCACGAGAGUCCAAUCAGACUCUCCUUCAAGGCCUGCUGACACAAACAGGAAGUAGCUCACACAUCCGUCAGGAAACAGCUGUGUACAUCAAGAAGAAGAUCAGUGAGAAUUUGUCUGCUGAGAAAAGCAUCAAUCUGUUCCACUGUCUGGAUGAACUGAAUGAUAAUUCUCUUGUGGAGGACAUCCAGCAGUACCUGAGUUCAGGAAGUCUCUCCACAGAUAAACUGUCUCCUGCUCAGUGGUCAGCUCUGGUCUUCGUCUUACUAUCAUCAGAAAAAGAUCUGGAGGUGUUUGACCUGAAGAAGUACUCUGCUUCAGAGGAGGCUCUUCUAAGGCUGCUGCCAGUGGUCAAAGCAUCCAAAAAAGCUCUACUGAGUGGCUGUAACCUCUCAGAGAGAAGUUGUGAAGCUCUGUCCUCAGUUCUCAGGUCCAAGUCCUCUCGUCUGAGACAGCUGGACCUGAGUAACAACAACCUGCAGGAUUCAGGAGUGAAGCUGGUGUCUGCUGGACUAAAGAGUCCAUACUGCAGACUGAGAACUCUCAGUCUAUCAGGCUGUAUGAUCACACAGGAAGGCUGUGUUUCUCUGGCCUCAGCUCUAAGCUCCAACCCCUCCCAUCUGAGAGAGCUGGACCUGAGCUACAAUCAUCCAGAAGACUUGGGAGAGAAACUGCUGUGUGCUGGAAUGAAGGAUGAACAUUGGAGGCUGGACACUCUCAGGGUGGACCAUGGUGGACUGCUGAGACUGAAACCUGGUGUGAGGAAAUAUGUCUGUAAACUGGAAGUGGACACAAACACAGUACACAGAAACCUCCAACUGUCUGACAACAACAGGAAGGUGACAUAUGUGAGAGAGGAUCAGUCGUAUCCUGAUCAUCCAGACAGAUUUGUCUUCCCUCCCCAGCUGCUGUGUAGAAAUGGUCUGACUGGUCGCUGUUACUGGGAGGUCAAAUGGGAAGGAAGAGUUUAUAUAGCAGUGACUUACAGAGGAAUCACAAGGAGAGGAAACAGUAAAAACUGUUUGCCUGGAUGGAAUGAGCAGUCCUGGAGUCUGAAGUGCGCUGAUGAUGACAGUUUCUCUGUCUGCCACAAUAACAGAAGAAAACGCCUCUCCUCCUCUGUCUCUGACAGAGUCGGAGUGUAUGUGGACUGUCCUGCUGGCACUCUGUCCUUCUACAGAGUUUCCGCUGACUCACUGAUCCACCUCCACACCUUCAACACCACAUUCACUAAGCCUCUUUAUCCUGCGUUUGUGGUCUCCUCUGGUUCCUCAGUGUCUCUGUGUUCUCUGCAGGUUUGAGAGUCUCUCCUGUGGACAGAAAUGCUGCUGACUGAAGAUCAGCUGCUGAAAUCAAAGUUCACUCUGUUCACCAUCACACACACUGUGCACUGUGAAGCAGAUCU